UGGACGCAAACCUAGACUCUUGUCACAAUAAAAUGAACGACCUAUUUUGACAGGAAGGCACCAGUCUAUUUGGGCGUUGUGUUUAUAUUUACUUAGUUCCUCGUAAGAAUUUUUGUCACACGGCGGAAGAUUUUCCUCAUCCAAAUAGGUUCCCCAUGUUUAUGACGUUCAAGCACAUUAUGACGUGGCAAGAGAGGUUGCUUUGGUUUGGGCUUCUUGUGUUCUCCUCUGUGUCUUCCCAAGCACAAAGUAUAGACCGUUUUGAUGAGAUUCGUCUUUCGGACGGGGACCUAGGUCCCCACGAAGGGAGACUGGAGGUUUACGUCAACGGUAGUUGGGCAGCAGUCACCAGCACUGGAUGGGGGCUCAAUGAGGCCAACGUGGUCUGUCGACAACUGGGCUUCCACGCAUCGUUUCCUGCUGCCGUCGGUCAUAGAUUUGGCACGGGGAUAGAAACGCCAGUUCUGGACAAGGUAAAAUGCAACGGCGGUGAAAGCCAAUUGGAUGAGUGCUCCAACCGCGGAUGGCUGUGUAGAGGCACCUGCAGCGGCGACAAUUACGCUGGUGUCAGGUGCAUCAAUAAGGCUAUGCCUGAACCACUUUAUCAGCUUCGGCUCGCAGGCAGUGCCUCACAGUUUGAGGGGCUUGUUGAAGUGAGGUACAACGAUUACUGGAGUCCGGUGUGUGGCAUAGCGUUUGACUUCCUGCAAGCGAUCACUGUGUGCCGACAGCUAGGCUACGGGCCGCCAAAACACUACAGGAUCUUUACUGAAAUUGAUCCAGAAUCCCGUCCCAAGCUUAUCCACCGUGCCUCAUGUCACACGUGGCACCGCAGCCUGCUGGACUGUGGAGUGAAUGAAGGAGACGGGACAGUCUGCACACCGUCCGACCCUGCUGCUCAUGUAGCAUGUAACAAACCCUCAGAUCCCUACCCGUUGUAUUUGGAUUCCCUGUCGCACCGGUAUGAGGGCGCUGUUCGCAUUUACUCGGACGGGCAGUUCGGAAAGAUUUGCAACACUGGCUGGACCCUGCAGGACGCCCAGGUAGUUUGCCGUCAACUAGGCUAUGGCUCAGCGGUCGGUCAUAACGUAGCUCCUGAAGAUCUUGCGGGACCAAGUGGCGAGCCUAUUCUGCUUGACGCUGUGCAGUGUAACGGCAGCGAAUCUCUCUUAGCUGAGUGCAGUCACAAGCCUUUCAGAGACACAGCAUGUGAUGACCAACAGCAGGCAUUAGUAGAAUGCCGAGAACCAGCGCUAGAGGAUUUGACGCUGCACAUCGCUGACGGCAGCGCUUACCGAGGCCGCUUAGAGGUGGCCUUCAAUGGCGAAUGGUUGGCCAUCUGCAAUGACACCUGGGAUAUGGCCGCGGCCAACGUCACGUGUCGUCAGAUCGGUCUCGGACCAGCGCUCUUGGCGACGGCGGAGUUUGAAUUCAAGCCGCAGUUCGUAAUCUGGAACGAAGUCUCGUGUGAAGGAACAGAAGAUAGGCUAGCUCAAUGCCGGACGUCGCAGAGCGGACAGUAUUCGUGUGCCAGUGGUAAACUGGCUGGCGUGACCUGCAGCCCCUAUGGGAUACCCAACAAACAAGCAGAUAAAUUACAUCUGACUGCCGGCAUCUUGCCACACGAUGGCGCUGUUCAGCUGUACAGAAACGGCAUCUGGCAGGCGGUGUGUCCGUCAGGCUGGGACGGCAGGGACGCUCUCGUUGCCUGCCGUCAGUUGGGCUAUCGCGGUGCUGUCGAUAACAACGCGUUCACCACAGAGGGGCCCUUCUACAUGGACAACGUGACGUGCGCAGGGUCAGAGUUGAACUUGACUAGCUGUGGGCAUGACCUCUUGAGGCAAGGAGCGAGGUGUAAGAAUGACGUGGGCCAAGCUGGUGUGACUUGUAAUCCCUUCACUGGAAUCCAAAGUCCUGCAGAUUCCACGCCCCUUCGUCUCGUUGGGGGCAAGACGUCGCGAGAGGGGCAAGUACAGGUGUAUUUUGCUGGCUCCUGGGGUGCAGUGUGUGGAGGCAGGACCUGGGACAUGAAUGCUUCCCACGUGGCCUGCCGUCAACUUGGCUAUGAGCGAGCUGAGGAGACUGGCACAGGAGACGUAGAGAAGGGGACGAUGUUCUUACUUGAUGGAGUGGAGUGUCUUGGCACCGAAUUGAUGUUGUCAGCGUGCGCUCAUGCUCCGUGGGGACAAGUCAACUGUUCACCCAGUCAGACCGCGACAGUCGUCUGCAAAGAACGUCCAGAUCAAGAAGUCGACGCGGGGAUAAGCGAAUGGGUCUAUGUUGGCAUCGUCAUCGCGGUCAUUGUCAUUGUCCUGAUCAGUGUCCUAGCCACUUGUGUCACCUGGUCCAUGAAGAAGAGACAAGCCGAGCGGAGGAUCCGUGAGGGGCCCGACCAUCACAACGUCCGACACGAGCAUCUGGAACAACGGGGUGCAGCUGCGGAGACCGCGAACAGCUCCAGGCCGGCAACUACUGAGACAAAAAUGGUGUGAAGGAAGGCUAAGGUGUGAAGACAGGAAUGUGUUAUGUGUACAAUGUACAUCACUGCCUGGACAUUUACUCAUAAUUGUCCAGAUAAAUCUAGUAUACAUUCCCCCAGUGGCCUUAUCGGGAUCCUAUGGAGGGGGUCUUAUGGAGGGGUACAUGGAGGGGCCUGUUUAGUAAGGGGGGGGGAGACUCAAUUGGCUUUGAACAAUAAGAAAAAGGUCAGGUCUGCCUUUCUCAAAUUCUGAGGUGGUGGCACAAGUGAGGUGGGGAGGGUGGGCAUAGGUCUUGGGGGAUGGAGAGCCAUGCCCCUCUUAGUUAUACAAAAAAAAAAAAUUGUGUGAAAUGUAUAAAUAAGUGAUUCUAUGAAAAAUUAAAAUGCUCGCAUUUUGGAAUAAUAAACAAGAAUAUUUUCAAGGUGCCAAAUAUCACCUUGGUUACAGGAAAACAGUUUUUACUAAAAAUGUUAUUUGAUAUUAAGAUUAAUUAGUAACUCAUCUGUAAGCGGAAUUGUAUUGCUUGUUUACAUUGUGUUACAAAAGUGAAUGAUUUGUAUAUGCAUGCCAAGUAUCUUUCUAAAUUAUGUUACAUUUGUGUUAUUUAAGUUUUUGCAUGUUUUUGUGUGUAAUCUAUGUUUUAUAUGCAUGAAAUGCAUUUCUGUUCUCAUUUAACAAAAUGUCAGUCAGUGUUAAUACAACAGGAUAAGUAAUUUUUAUAAUUUGUUUGAUUGAUUCACAAAAUGCAGUUUUAGCUCAGUAGAGAAACAAAUAAUGUCAUUUUUUCUGAAAUGGAAUUAUUUCAGUGUCGCAACCAAAUCAUCUAAAAUAUAAUUUAUUCAAAGGUUUUGUCAGAAGGUUCAAGCUUCCGUAAUACCCAGGGCGGAUGUGACUUCAUCCAUACACUUGCUUUAAUUUCAGACAAGAGUUUGAAAAUACCGAAAUUGUAAACAAUGUUCAAAAUGCCAUGACUUUGCAUCUGUAGCGCCCAGACAAAUUUGUGUAAUUGUCAGCAUCAACAGGGUAUUGAUUAAUUUAUUCGUUUUGAGUUUUUACUGAGAUAACCACUUCGUGCAUUCCUAAAUUUGUCUUCGAGGUAAGAAUUUGUUUUCAAUUUUGACCUAGUAACAUUUGUGUGUGUGCGUGAAUGAAGCGCAUGUCAGGUUUUUUUAAUUGAUGAAAUAGCAUGUGACGCUCUCGUUGGGAUUUGUUUACACUUUUGUGUUUUUCAAGUAUGAUUUUUUUCGAGGCAAAACAUUUUGUGUAUUUAAUUUGUGCUUGUUUAUUGAAUCAAUUUAUUAAUAAACAUCCUGUGAGGAUAAUGUGCUUUAUUAUCAUUUAAUUGUAUAGGGAUUAUUUUGUUUUACUUGUUACUUAAAUUAUUUAAAUUUAUUCAGCCAACUCCGUUUUUGUAAUAGGGAAUAGCAGUUUAAACAAAUUUGGUUCGUUUGUUGUUGCAGUGUCAUUUUAAUGCAUUCUCUUGCCGCAUUCACUGUCUUUCUUAAAUCUUAAAAGUUCCUAGUGGUUUUGAAAAGUUACAUUUCGAUGAAUAAAUCAAGUGAUAUCAGCAGUAAUGUGA